AUGAUUCAAAGCUAUCUAAAUGCACAUCUAGUGCUGCGGAAGGCCACCACAAAGUGCAUCUCAAUGGCGUGGUAUUGCUCUGGCUCAACCAAUGCGGAACUGGUUGAUAAUCUCUUCAAGGCGGGAUUGGUAAAGAAUGAAAGAGUAAAAAAUGCUAUGUUGGGGGUUGAUCGAGCCCAUUAUGCACCCUCAAGGCCUUACUCGGACUCCCCACAGCCUAUUGGGUAUGGUGCGACAAUCUCCGCUCCCCACAUGCACGUUCAUGCAUGCGAGUACCUCAUCGACUUCCUCAGGCCGGGUUCGCGGGUACUCGAUAUUGGCUCGGGUUCUGGAUAUCUGACCCAUGUCCUCGCAAACCUUGUUACAGAUCCCUCUAUACCUGAUGACUUAAAUGGCCACGUUAUUGGAAUUGAUCAUAUACCAGAACUUGUUGACUUGGCUGAUAAGAAUAUGCACAAGUCGGACCAAGGCCGCAAAUUGCUAGAUACAGGAAAGGUGAAGUUUAUUAUUGCUGACGGCCGUUUGGGAUGGCAAGAGGGAGCACCGUAUGAUGCUAUCCACGUUGGUGCAGCGGCGGAAAAGCUCCACCCGGCAUUAAUCGCGCAACUCCGUGCCCCAGGCCGAAUGUUUAUCCCCGUUGACACGGAAUGUGACGGGAGUGCUCGUGGAUUCGGCGGCGGCCAAUACAUUUGGGUAGUGGACAAGAGGGUGGACGGGUCAGUCCACAAGGAAAAGGUGUUCCAGGUUAGCUAUGUUCCGCUGACCGACCCGCCAAAGAAGUAA